UGCAUAUAGUAAGCAACACACCUUGGAGCACACUCACUUUAGUAGGAGACAGUCACUAACAGGCACCCGAGAAGACCUUAAAAAUGGCCGGCAUAGCUUCUAGACUUCAGCACACCCGGGACAAACUGAGUGGGGUUGGAACUAACGAACAUGCGGUGCCGUACCUCAACCAAGACUUUGAGUCUCUGAAGAGAAGCUGUCUGGAGAGACGACGCCUAUUUGAGGACGAAGCCUUUGAGCCUCUGCCGGCAUCUUUGGGCUUCGAUGAACUGGGACCAAGUUCCUAUAAAGUUCGAGGCAUCGAGUGGCUGAGACCCAAGGAUAUUGUUUCCAAUCCCAAAUUCAUCCUGGAAGAUGCCACCAGGACUGAUAUUUGCCAGGGAGCACUUGGUGACUGUUGGCUCCUGGCGGCUAUCGCCUCCUUGACCCUCAACAAGCAGGUUUUGUCCCGUGUUGUCCCACAUGACCAAAGCUUUGACAGGGACUAUGCUGGCAUCUUUCAUUUUGAGUUCUGGCAGUUUGGUGAAUGGGUGGAUGUGGUGAUUGAUGACCGCUUGCCAACCAAGGAUGGAGAACUGAUGUUUGUCCACUCAGCCGAAGGAUCAGAAUUUUGGAGUGCACUGCUGGAGAAGGCCUACGCCAAGCUAAAUGGAUGCUAUGAGUCCCUCUCUGGAGGAAGCACUACUGAAGGUUUCGAGGACUUCACUGGAGGCAUUGCUGAGCGACAUGAACUUUCCAGUGCCUCACCUCACCUCUUCAAUAUCAUGAAGAAGGCCCUGGAAAGAGGCUCCCUUCUUGGAUGUUCCAUUGAUAUCACCAGUCAGGCUGACUCUGAAGCCGUCACACAUCGCAAGCUGGUGAAGGGCCAUGCCUACUCUGUGACAGGAGUUGAGGAGGUGGACUUCAGAGGAAACCCGCAAAAGCUGGUCAGGAUCAGAAAUCCAUGGGGCCAAGUGGAAUGGAAUGGAGCCUGGAGCGACACGUCCUCUGAGUGGAGAUCUAUUAGCGAUCAGGACCGACAGAGGCUGACCAACCGGCGUGAAGAUGGGGAGUUCUGGAUGUCCUUUUCUGACUUUCUGCGAGAAUAUUCCCGCUUGGAGAUCUGCAACCUCACCCCUGAUGCUCUCACAGGGAGUGACUUCAAGAAGUGGGCGGAGACAGAAUUUGAGGAGACGUGGAAAACCGGCGUAUCUGCUGGUGGCUGCAGAAACUAUCCAGAUACUUUCUGGACAAAUCCUCAGUUUGUCAUCAAACUGGACGAUGUGGACGAUGACCCCUAUGACGGCGAGGAGGGAUGCACCUUCAUUGUUGGCUUGAUGCAGAAGAACAAGCGUAGCAAAAUGAGAAUGGGCGAGAAAAUGGACACCAUUGGCUUUGCUGUAUAUGAGCUGCCUUCUGAGUACUCUGGAGUCAAGCAAGUGCACUUGAAGCAAAAUUUCUUCCUGCGUAACCGUUCAGCUGCACGCUCUGAGACCUUCAUCAAUUUACGAGAAGUGUCGAAUCGCCUCCAUCUACCUCCGGGGGAGUACCUCAUCAUGCCCUCUACCUUCGAACCUAACAAGAACGGAGAUUUUUAUGUGCGGGUGUUCUCUGAAAAAUCGGCUGACUUUCAUGAAAUUGACGAUCCAGUUGACAGCCAUGUCAAACAGCCUGACAUUGAUGAAAGCGAUGUUGACGAUCGAUUCAAGAGUAUGUUUGGAAAGCUGGCCGGACAUGACAUGGAGAUUUGUGUGUUUGAACUACAGAAAAUUCUCAACAGAGUGGUGGUAAAAAGAAGUGACAUCAAAACCAACGGGUUCAGCCUGAGUACCUGCCGCAACAUGGUCAAUCUGCUUGAUAAAGAUGGAACUGGCAAGUUGGGAUUGGUAGAGUUUAGGAUUCUUUGGUCCAAGAUCGAGAAGUUCUUGAAAAUUUACAUUGCAAGAGAUGGAGAUAAUAGUGGCUGCAUGAGCUCCACUGAGAUGCGGUCGGCAGUCGAAGAUGCUGGUUUCUCUCUCAAUAACCCACUGCAUCAGAUCAUUGUGGCUCGCUACAGAGACCCAAGCUACACCAUUGACUUUGACAACUUUGUGUGCUGCCUGGUCCGCUUAGAGUCACUCUUCAAUACAUUCAAUACCUUGGACAAAUCGGGUUCUGGUGUGAUAGAGCUGACUAUGAUGGAGUGGCUUAAUCUGGCCAUGUUGUAGAGGAGCUUCUCUCUAUGGAAAUGAAAGACUCGUACUUGUGUUAUUGUUGUGCAACAUAUCAUUAUUUUGGUUGUGGUGUGGCGUCUCAUUGGUCAAAUCAAGGGAACAUUAUCUAAUAUUAUAACAAAUAUUACAUUUAUGUAAAAUAUGAAUGAUUGUGUUCAAUAAAAAAAACAUCAUUUAAAAUA